AUGGUCGAUCGCACUGAAUACAAAGAUACGCAUGUGCCAGACCUGGCAGUUCGCCAAGUGUUCGGGCGCCAGCGAGUCAAAUCAGAGCUGUGCAAAUUGGCCGCCGAUGCGGGGUUGCUCACAGUCGAGACCUUCGCCAUGCUCGGCGAUGACAUCGCAGCCGUCAAGGCUACUUUGAAGGCUAUGAUCCCAGACGCAGCCUCGCUCGGCACUGACGUUCCAGAACAAGAGCUCGCGCUGACUUCUCUGGCGGCGGUCUGGAAGACAUGCAGCACUAUGCAAGAUCAUUUCGCUACUCGGCGAGCCAAGAUGGAAGAAGAUCCAUCAAAGGUUCCAGAGAUUCCCGGAGAAGAUCAUGCAGAAUUUCGUGAAGUUUUUGUCUCUCGACACCCUGACGUGCUCCUCCCUAUGCAUCGGGAGCCACAUCGCAAGUUUGUUGAGAGAGUUCAGCGCGACUUCCUUGUGCACGGCUUCGUCCACUUCUACGAAGUCGGAGAGAUCAGGACGCGAAAUGAGCAGAUCGCACAGAAGACAGGGCUGACGAAGAACGCAGAAGAUCUGCUCCGUGUCGUCAUGGUCGAUCAACCUUCUGCUGCAAGCUCAGAGUCUCAGGUCAUGGACAAGUUGCACGCAUUCUUCAUCACGCUCGAGUACCUCAACAUUUGUGAGUUCUCGGUCAAGGCAGGCCCCUUGAAGUACCUGUCUGAGCUCGAAGAAUGGCGCCAAGAGAACCGGGGCCUGGCGCUCCUGCUCACCGUGGAUACUCUGAUCCGCAAGAAGGUGCACCGUGUCAGUUCUGAUCAGCGCAAGCAGUUCAGCACUUUCUCCAAGGCGUUGCUCGAAGUGCUCACCAACCAUAAGCAGUUAUGGAACGAUGCUCGUUCAAGCGCAGAGCUCGACAAGUUCAAGCAGGCUGCCCACACAGCUGAGCCAAUCACGCCUAAGAAGCGCUCACGGUCAAGCUCAGCAGAUGCUCCUAGGGCCACCCCGAAGUCCAAGAAGAACAAAGCUCGGCGGGAGCGCCAGAAGGCCCAGCUCAAGAAGGCAAAGGAGGUGCUCAACAAUUCUCCCGUCAAAGGGAGCAAGCCAGGUGCCGCUCGCACCACCAAAGAUGAGCGGGUACCCUCGAAGGAGUGGGCGUCAAUCACCGCCUUCAAGUACUCAGGCGCUCGCCGCUGUCCUUUCUUCAAUUGCUCCCUGGGCUGCCGAUUCGGUGAUCAAUGCAAGCUCAAGCACGUGGCUCCCUCGCCACCACCUGGGGAUUGGAUCGGCGAGGCCAGUGGCACGAAUGAUGCUCAUGCGUCCCAGGAGGCUGGGCAGACAGUGCCACCGCUGAAGCAGAUGGCUAUUCCACAGUGGGAUGAGGUUGAGGCUGACCUUCAGGCCUUGAAGGCCCAAGCCCCCUUUUUCUUGGAGCUCUUUGCCGGGGAAGCAGGCAUCACGGAGGCCGUUCAUUUGCAAGGGAUCUCUGUGCUGCCGCCAGUAGACAUCACUCCUGGCAAGCUUGUUCAGCAACCCAAGGAUAUUCUGGAUCUGCAGUUCUGGAAGUUGGUGUUGGACAUCCUGGCCAUGGGCAUCGUGCUCUUCCUGCACUGUGGCACACCGUGCAACACGUUCACGGCAGCUCGCAAGCUCGAUGGCGGGCCACCGCCACUUCGCUCGGCAGCGGCUCCAUUGGGUCUGGCGCUGGAUGACCUCUGUGUUCAGUGCCCUGGCACACACAAGCAUGAGAAGCUCCAAGGCAAAGUGUGGCAUGAGACCUUGCAACGCGGGGUCUUUCGCACCAAGGGCGCUCAGGUUUACCCUUGGAUUCUGUGCUCGUGUAUUGCCGUGAAUAUCAAAGAAGUGAUGCUACGCUCCCUGCGGCAUCUUCAUGCCUCCUUUGCAUUGGAGGUGCCAGCGGCGGAUCGCAAGCGUGCGUUGCUCUCUGGCAAGCCCUGGGCGGUUCAUCGCCAAGCUGCGACAGCUCAGAAGGCUCUACAAGCGGGUUACCAGCUCAAGCGCGGUGCUACAAAACCCUUGCUGGAAGUAGAACUUGAGCCGGGGCAAGCAGUGCAGUGGGUGCUCUCAGUCAUCCACCCCUUUACUUGCUCAGCGGCUUUGCCUGGUGCGCUCGAGCGUGCGCUAGUGCAAGUGGCGACUGCUCCUGCGGCAGUGGUGCAGCAGCGGGCUCAGCUCUUGCAGUUCUGGCACCAGCGAGCUCUGGCUUUGUUGCCCCGGUCCGUUGAGCUGAUCAUGCAACAACCGGAUCCGGCUUUGCGGAAACUGCUGCUCAACUGCGACCACCCCGCCCAGGCCGUUUUGGGCCGGGUAUGCCAUGUGGCGCUCUACGAGGAAAUGCUCGCUGCUUGUGGCUCUGUUGAUCGCGCAUUGCCCAGCUUGCUGCUGCAAGGCUUCCCGAUCGUUGGGCCUAUCAGCCAGGCGGGGCGUUGGCCGCCCUACGACAAGCCUCAGAAAGUUUUGUCAGUUCAACAUGCUUUGGAUAGGGCCUGGGAUCUGCGCUCUAAGAUCGUGCAGAGAGUGAGGGCUGUCCCUGUCACUGAGAAUUUGGUCAAGAUCUGGGAGGCUACACUUGAAGAUGUUCAGGAAGGCUCAUGCUUGGGCCCUUUUGCUACAGAACAAGAGAUCACAGAACUCCUAGGCCAAGAUGACUGGAUCCCGACACAAAGGUUCGAGGUCGUGCAGAAGAACAAGGUCAGGGGCUGCGAUAGUGCUACGACCAACUUGAUCAAUCAAAUCACAGAGAUCAAAGAGAAGCUGCAACUGCCUUCGACUGACUCGAACGUGGCUGCGAUCAGGAAGUUGAGGACGUUGGCUCCUGAAGAUGAUCUGCAAGGUUGGGUAUUGGAUGAGAGGAAGGCAUACCGCCAGAUCGCGGUGCGACCAGAUCAUCGCAAGUUUUCCGUGAUCUGCUUGAAAUCCCCGUGCUCGAGGCAACCUGCUUUCUUUGUCAUGGUAGGCCACUCGUUCGGCCUGGUGUCAGCGGUGUAUAACUACAACAGAUGCUCUGCUGCCAUCAACGAGUUCCUUGUCUCGAUCUUUGGUCUGGUGGCUUUCAGCUUCUAUGACGACAAGUAUGGAUUUGAGACGUCGCGAUCGGCGGCUAGCGCUCGACAUGUUGCGGAAUGUGUUCACUGGUGGUUAGGUGCAAGCUUUGAUCAGAAGAAGCUCCAGUUGUCGGAGACGCCGACCAUCUUGGGGGUCACUUACAACCUCAAAGAUCUUCAACUUGAGAUCAAAGCAGAGAGGAAGGUUGACCUCCUUGAUGAGAUUGACUCCAUCUUGGCUGCAGGCUGUCUGGAUCCUGGUUCGGCUGGCAAGCUCAAGGGCAAGCUCAUGUUCGGCGCUUCGCAACUAUGGGGCAAAGUGGGCCGUGCAUUUUUGAGGCCUAUUUCUGAGAGGCAGUAUUUUAAGUUUCCUCAUAAUCAAGAGUUCAAAUUAGACCCCCCUCUGGUUGAAUCCCUUGUUCAGUGGAGAAAGUUGAUCGAGGCAGGGCCACCGCGGCCGAUCGAUUUAGCGUGCGGUAGGCUUGCUGACGCUGUUAUUUUCACUGACGGGUUCACACCAGAUCCGAGGUCCAGCGAUCGGUCUCCUGAUCGGAUCGGGGGUGUGUUGUUUGAUCGACGUUUGAAACAGCCUAGGCAAUUCACUGCUGAAGUUCCGGCAUGGAUCAAAGAACAGUGGCUCGAACGAACCACGCAGAUCAUGCCUAUCGAAAUGAUUGCUCCAGUGGUUGCUUUGAGCUCUUUUUCAGAUCGCGUAGUAGGUGCUGAUAUCAUUUUGCUUAUCGACUCGGAAGCAGUCGAAGCUGCGCUCGUGAAGGGCUACUCUAGUCGGGAAGACAUGUGUCAUAUCAUUUCGGUCUUUUGGGAUCUGGCUCUUGAAAUGCGAUGCCGUAUCUUUAUCGACCGAGUUUCCACGGACGCCAAUCCAGCUGAUUGGCCGCCUCGUUCGAGACUUGACAUAGGCGAGCGUGCUGGAUGGAGCACCAUUGAUCCAGUAUGGCCGAAGGCUUUUGAUCGGAAAGUCUAG